CAGUAUUCUAAAUUCAUUCUAGGUUAGUUUACAUUAACGUUGUUAUAACGUUACAUUUCUGAAGGCGGUUAUAAUAUUCAUCAUGAAAUAGAAGUUUAAACUUGUUGUGAAGUGUUCUCAACUUAAAUAAUCUAUUUCAUUUUUCAAGUCGCAUUCAACGUGUGAUGGUUUUAUUGUAUAGGCCUAGCAAUAAUAUAUUAUGAGAAUUCGAAUAGCAAAAUUGAUUACUUUUGUUGUUUUACUUCUGAAUGUGAUCGCUAUAUACUGUAUUUGGAAACUUCUAUCUAGUCGUAGUAGAAUAAAAUCCACAAAUGUUUACAAGUCUAUAGAAAAGGAAACUUCAGUCACUUUGGACAACAAGGAUGAGGGUUAUCUACGUUUAUCUCAGAAAGAUGUAACCAUUGUUAUCCGUGCUUUUGAAGAGUUUGAAAAUGACAUUCCUGAAACUGUUAAAUCAAUUCUCAUUGCUUUUAGAGAUAUAAAUGUUAUAAUUGUGUGUGAUAAACCGCUAUAUCCUCCAUUACAACUUAACAUUUCUUCGCCUUUUUACAGAAAUGUUAAGAUCAUCAACCUAUUGCCUAACUUAUCAACUCCUUUGAAAGAUAGACUUCCAAUAUUCCAUAUAAAAGGAAAAUAUGUAUUAUUUAUUCCUGAUUCAUCUAGAAUUUCUUCGGGCUCAUUCUUGAGAGAUAUAGGUGAUUCAUAUCAACGACAAUCGCAAGAUAUCUUGGCAAUUCCAUUCAAAUCGGAAAAGUCAGUAACUUGUCUAAAAGUUAAAUUACAAUCUCGUGAAUGGACAGCUCGUUUUUCCAAUGUUAAAUAUGCAGAUAGUUGUGAUUUUAUUAGAGGAAGACAUGCUUUAUUCAUGAACUCCGAAAUUUUGUACAAACUGUCUGAUCCGUUUUUAUUGCCCUUUCCAAACGCCUUCUACAUUCAAGCUGCUUCAAACAAUCUAAAUGUUAAACUUGCAACGGAUGUCUUCUUGUUGAGUGGCCAAGAGUUGUACACAAGUCACCAUUCAAAAUGGAAGCUGCAGCAAGUGGAUCGGGAAAGAACCAAAGCUAUGUACACAGGCCUGCAAAUAAAAAAGGUCGUGAAAGAGACAGGAGUCACCGAAUGGUAUGGCUGUCGCAGGGAUACUCAACGAUGUUUCGGCACUGUGUUGGACGAAACGCCGCAGUAUCUAUACGAGGGCAAAUGGACGCCGCCUUGCUGCCUGGCGGGCCUGCGCAAAGUGACCCGUCACGUUGUGUCGCAGCUGGAGGGGGCGGGGGUGCGCUACUGGCUGGAGGGGGGGAGCCUGCUGGGGGCGAUGCGUGCCUCCGACAUCCUCCCCUGGGACUAUGACGUCGACAUCGGUAUCUACCAGGACGACAUCGGCCGCUGCAGUUGGCUGCAACGAGCCACCUCCAAGCCCGUCGCCGACCAACAUGGCUACAUCUGGGAGAAGGCCAUCGAGGGUGAGUUUUUCCGUGUCCAGUACAGCUCCGUCAACCGGCUACACGUCGAUAUAUUCCCCUUCUAUUCCCGUAACGGUACAAUGACGAAGAACACCUGGUUCAAAUCACAUCCUCAAGACCGGGAGUUUCCCGAACAUUUCCUCAAACCGUUUUCGUCGAUUGAGUUUAUUGGGAGAACGGUGUCGGCUCCCAAUAACAUACACGAUUUUCUCGAACUGAAAUUUGGGGAAGGUGUCAUUGAGAAUCCCGAGUAUCCGAAUCCUCAGAAACUGUCAAUGAGCAGUCAAAUGAAUGCCGUAAAUUGAUCAACUAUUGUAAUACGUUUUUCAUAUUUCUAAUAGCUAAGGCUGGUCAGUAACAGUAGGACAUGCAUGAUGGCCACACACACAAACUCAUCAUGUUAAUCAUGCAAGAUUUGUCAUCAGCGAGAGGCUUCUAACAUAGAAUUUUUAUUUUAUUUAUAUUUUUUACAGAGAAGCACUGGUUCAGAAUAAACAACCAAUAACUAUAAAUAAAGCAUUGGAAAAUUAUAAGUUAUAACGAUUGAAAAUUAAUUCAACCUCAAAUAGAGCAGCGAAAAAAAUAAACAAUAAAAAAUCGGAAAUACGAAAACCCAACCUCAAAAAAUUUUGCUCGGAGUCUUACACUUACUAAUGACUCAUUGAGUCAUUACACAACAAUGUAGGACGACAUGUUUAUCAUUCAUGUUCUACCGUUGGUGGCCAGCCUCAGCUAUCGUUUCUCCAACACAUUUCUAUUCAAAAAAGUAAUUGUACUUUGAGAAACAAUCAAUGAGGAAACCGCGCUAAUUAAUCAAUCAUUCCAGUAGGUUAUUUCAUAUUGCCUGUGGCAUAACAUAAGACUUCUCAAUAACUCAAUUCUUAAUAAAAUCUCUGAAUGAGGAGUUAGAUGUAACGCGCAAACAGAUCAACUAUUUGAACCAUUCCAGUAGUUAUCAUGGUACUAUUAGUUGAUGUAUAAUAUGUAGAACAUAUUUCAUCUCAAUAAUUCGAUUCGAAGUUGAAAGGCGUAAAUCAAAUGCUCCUACUAUGUAAGUAGUUGUAUAUUUCUCUUCGCCUAUAACUAAAGUUUACUUCAUUAAAUUUUAAAAUGAGAGGCCAAUAUUGAAUGAAGAAAUUAUAUAAUUAUAUUAUGAUAUCGAUAGUAUCACUUGAUUUAACGGAAAAUUAAAUACAAUUAGAAUUUCUAUUUUAUAAACAUGAUUGAUUUCAACUGCUAUAAAUUUGAAAUGAAAACAAGGCCUACAUUAUAGCGUGAUUAAUCCUUAGAAAAGCUUCGUCACAAUAUCAUUUUAACGGUUGACUGAAAAUUAGAACCACAAAACAACAAUAAAUUAUCACUCUCUUGUUUAAAAUGAUUUCAAGUUAUUAAUGAGUUCAACUAAGUUGCUCUGAGUAACUUGAAUUUGAGCUACUCAGUUUACACUGAGUAAACAGUUGACUACAAAAGCUGGUUGCAUUAAUGGUAAGAUGGAUAACUUUGUUACUUGAAUAUCUCAUUGAUCUCGAACCUAAUCAAAAUGUUAAUGUAUUCAGUAUGUGAUAGUAUUUUCUACCAAAAUGAAAUGUUUUAAUAAUUUAAUAUUAGUUUGUAUAGGUCCACAGUUAAUAGGUGUCAAGUCCUCUACAAUGAAUAAAAUGCCCAAUUCCACUUCAGUAAAGUGGACUUUACAAAUUUAGAAUAAAUUGUCUAACAAAAGGCACCUGAGAAAUGUUUUCUCAGACUCGAGUCUUUGUCAUUUUAGCGAAUUCGAAGAAAUCUGUUCUUAUCUACACAAAUUUUUAUUGAAUUCCUUACUCAGCACUAGUUGGAUAGAUUCAGAAAGACUGACUUAUUUUCUUACGAUUUAAUGGACUGUGUAUUUCAAUGACCUUUCAAUUGGUUUUAUAGAUGAAGUAAUAUUUGAAAUACAUUUAGAUAUAAUUGACUAAAUUUAUUAAAUAAUUGUUGUCUCAUAGUAAGUUCAACACCUUGUGAAUAUCAGUAUGUAGAGAUUUACUCGACUAAAAUAAGAUGUAAAAAGUAGUGUUCCUAGUCGUUAAUAUUGAAUCGAAGAAGUAUUAUUUUGUGCCAUAAAUUGUUGAAAUUGUGUAGCUUAAUGUAGAUUAUUGUCUCUAUCAAGUGUGCAUUUCCAUAAGAGUUUUCAGUACUAAAAGGUUAAUCUAGGUGUGACCGUUUCGUGUCAACUUUUACUGUAUUUUUAAGCACACCUUUAAAUAAACAAUAACAUCAUGUCCCAAAAAACAUAUCAUAGAACCACAGAGCUGCUCAUACUCUCUCAGAUUUAAGUUUUGCUCUAGCUCUAGGGUGCUAUGUCCAAAAAUGUAGACUCCUCGGAAGAAACAACAGAAGAUCUCCAAAUGUCCAUCUUUCAAAAAUUGCUGAUGCAUAUUUCUGUGAUGGCUGAUGGUGAACAGAAACAUUUAAUGAAGCUCACUGUCACCAUAGAAUGAGAUGUUUCAACAAUUUAAUUGAACACACACAAAAGUAUAAUAUGAAUGAAUUAUUAAUUGAAAUCGAAAUCAUCCAACUGUGACGCACCACUUCAGGCAUUGUGGUCACUCACCAGACUACUACUAGAGAUAGUAUCAUAAAGUUUACAUAAAUAUAAUAAUAUUUAAUACAAAUAAAUGAAUGAAUGCAUAAUAAUGUAUAAUAAAUGAAAGCAUUGGCUUAUACAUGUACGGGAUAGGGAAUUCACGAAUGCAUCAUCACGUCUGUAUUACUAGACUGAAUAACUUGAUAUUUUGCAUAUUGAUUCUUGAUUUAACGAGGAUGGUUAUAGACCUAUGUUAAAUUUUUCGAAAUUUCAGUAGGUCAAGUUCUGAACUAGACCCUUGCGGAGCACGGGUUACCUGCUAGUGAAUAAUAUAAUAAACAAUUAAAUGAUAAAUUAGCAAAUAAAAAUACGAAAAGUAUUUUAAAUGUCAUACAUUGUAAACCUGCUCGGUUAUUACUCUUGUACUCGCGCUUUGUGCUAGGCAGGGGACACCCCCAGUGGAGUGGAUUGGCAGCCUCCACGCUUAACACUCCAGGUGGAGGGAAGUCACAUCGCUCCAUACACUGCAUAGGGGCUGUUUUUUUAGAAAACUACAAAUAGUACCUACUACUUAUCUUUUGCAACAUUGCGAAAUUAAUAUGAAGACAUCUCCUGAUUAACAUUGGUUUGCCAUCCUUGUUUGACUACAGUAGCUAUGUAGUAACUUGAUUGUAUAGUUAUAAAAUACUGUAUAGUAUAAUAUACAGUACUGUAUAGUAUAGUUUAUACAGUACAGUAUACAGUACACUAUACAGUACUGUAUAGUUACUGUAGCCUGACUCUAGACAAAGCAGUGUAACAUUAUUCAAAUUAAAGCACGAUAUUUACUUAAUUUUUUAUUUAUUAUGCAAUAGAGCAGACAAUUUGAUACAAACUUUCAAUACAAAGCACAUUAUUCUGAUAACCUACCGCCAUUUUUCUUCCCAACUCCCUCUAGAUAGAUAGAUAUACAGGGUGAUUCAUAAUUAUGGUAAAAUAAUUCAAUACGUGAUAGUAGAGGUAAAAAUAAGAAGAAAAGUUCUUAUAAACAUAUAU